AUGAAACAGUUCUCAUGGGUUGCGUGGAACAAACUCACCAAGUCUAAGCGAGAUGGAGGUUUGGGGUUCAGGGACAUCGAAGCUUUCAACGAUGCCCUCCUGGCGAAGCUGAGCUGGCGCAUUCUGAUGAAUCCCCAAUGUCUUUUAGCAAAAAUUCUGCUGGGGAAAUAUUGCAAGCACAAGACUUUCUUAGAAGUUGGAGGAAAACAAACGGCAUCCCAUGGUUGGCAAAGUAUCCUAAUUGGAAGGGACUUACUCAAGACAAAUCUGGGAAAAGCCAUUGGAAAUGGAGAAGACACCAACAUUUGGAGAGAUCCGUGGCUGUCUCUAGACAAACCGCUUGCUCCAAUAGGUCCUGCACAUCAAGACACAGAGAAGCAAACAGUGUCAGAACUUUGGAACAGUGAAGCAAAGAGGUGGAACAAAGAAAAGAUACGAGGGCUCAUACCCCAUUGGGAAUCUGAGAUACUACUCAUCAAGCCAAGCUGUCUGCAAUCAAAACAUCGUCAUAUUUGGCUCUCGAAUCCAUCCGGGGAGUAUACAACAAAAUCCGGAUACCAACAAGCUAUCACCCUACAAAACCAGCAGCAAAACAAUCUCGUCAACACAUCAAUAAACUGGAAUGAUGAUGUUUGGAAUAGUAAAACAUCACCAAAGUUGAAGAUGUUCCUUUGGAGACUUACAAAUGGAGCUUUAACUCUAGGGGAAAACCUAUUGGGACGAGGCAUCCACUCCAACGCCGCUUGCUUUCGAUGUGGUGAACUCGAAACAAAGGAGCAUCUACUGUUUCACUGCGAGUUCGCGAAACAAGCAUGGAAGAUGGUACCGGUGACGACUACGGUAGAUCAGCUCGAAACACAAAGCUUUGCGAUCUCUCUGAAGGAGGCUCGGACCUGGAUCUGCCUCCCACCGACAGGACUAACAAAAGUAUCAAUUUUUGCCUGGGUUUGCUGGGGACUCUGGCUGGCUAGGAACCACAAGCUCUUCGGGGAUCGGACUUUCUCUCCUCUCGACACAGUCACGAAGACUUGCGCAGACGCAAGGGAAUGGAACGCGGCACAAGCUCAGGAAACGAAGGAAAAGAAGCAGAAGCCCCCACACGGAACUCGCCAAAGGACGAAUCACACGACCAAGGUGUUUGUGGAUGCGGCUUGGCGAUCGGACCUUCAAACAGCGGGUCUCGGAUGGGUUUUCAUGAAAAAUGAAGACUCCGAGAUCGUGAGGGAACAAAGAGCUGAAGCCUGCGUCCGAUCACCGCUUGCGGCGGAAGCUCUAGCGAUCAGGGAAGCCCUCCUCUAUGCAAAAGCCCACGAUUUGAACAGAUUAUGCCUCAAAUCGGACUCUCAAACGCUCAUCCGAGCCAUCCUCAAUCGAGAUCAGGUAGCUGAGAUCUACGGAAUCCUUCAAGAUAUCCACCAGCUAGCCUCAACUUUCACCUCGAUUUCGUUUCUCUUUACGCCGAGAUCGACCAACCUUGUGGCCGAUUCUCUUGCAAAAUUCGCACUGUCUCUCUUUGUUUCUGACGCCACUUGA